AGCGAAAAGUAUUUCCUUGCCACUGUGUCAUGCCAAGUGCACAAGAUCGGCAGUCUUAUUAAGGAUAAACUGACCAAGGACCAGCUGCAAAUGUUCGAAAAAACAAUUUUUGGUCCAUUGCUGAAUGUGAACAUGGUAUUCAACGGCCAGUUGAUCCAUCAUUUCUUGCUGAGGCAGAUACCUGAAGACGGUAACGCAGAUGGAAUCUGUUUCUCGGUUUUAGGGAAGAACGUCCGUUUUACCCAAAAGGAAUUCAACAUCAUAACUGGAUUGUGGCCAACAAACAAUCCAUUGGAGAAAGAUUGCGAUAGCAAGCGACUACAAAGUCUUCUAUUCGGAUCAGAAAAUAAGAAAGUAAUAACAUGCUUGGAAAUUGAGGAAAUUUUCAAGAAUUUUGAGUUUACAAAUGAUGACGAUGCUGUGAAGGUCGCCUUGGCCGUCUUUAUAGAAACUGUGAUGGUCGGGAAGGAUAAGAAAACACAGUUUGACAUGGAUAUUUUGGGAAGAGUUGAUGAUGAAGAAGCAUUUAAAAGCUUCGAUUGGUCAACUUUCUUCUACACUCGUCUGCUCAACAGUUUAAAGACAAGUCUCCAAGGCAAAAAAGAAGCAUACGAGCUGAAGAAGACACGAAGUUCCAAAGCAGUGUCAUACUAUAACAUCAAAGGCUACGUCCUUGCUUUUCAGGUGUGGGCUUAUGAAGUACUCUCAACCGCAAAUGAGCACCUGGCCACAAGAAACAGUAAGGGAUUAAUCCCUAGGAUAUUGAGAUGGAAUUGUACACAAGCUCCAUCUUACAAAAUGCUGCAGAAUAACAUAUUCGACAACAAAAAUGUAAGUAAAACCUGUCAGUCAUCGUUUAAUAUAAUUACACAAUCCAAUAAUACAAUUACAUUGCAGACUGUUGUUCAACCUAAACUCAAGAUGUCAACCCAAGAGAAGGCUUUCAUGGAGAGUCGAAUUUGAGGGGAUGAUAACAUGCAAAUGGAGGAGGAUGAAUCCAUUGGAGCAAUGAACAACAAAUCAUUGGAGCAAUCAGACUCAUCUCCACAAAGAGAACAACUGUCACCCCAAAGGGAACAAAGUCAAACAGUGGCUGAGGAGUCUGAAAUGCAUCCAAUCACCAAGAAGAAACAUUUCAGAUCAAAGAAGUCCAAUGACAAAGAAGAACGAAGUCAUUCAAAAUCCUACAAGAAACUGAAGAAGGAAAUAAAAGAAGUUCGUAAGGAUUUAUCCACACUGACUUCUAUAGUCUGUAGGAUGGAUGACACAAUCACAAAGCAGUCAUUGGAGCUGUAUGAAAUGAAGCAGAUGCUGGAGAGAUUGGUCCAGAAUCAAACUGAAAAUCAAGGGAAUGAUCAUACUGAUCAGAAUGACAAUGAGUAUGUUGUUCAAGAACAACAUACUCAACAACAACCUACUGAAGAACAACAUACUGAACAUCAAGAGGAAACCCAAAGGGAACAUCAAGAGGAACGUGGUAGUGAUAUAAGCAUAGACGGUAGGGAUGCAGACUUGCUAAUGACUAUAAGAGAUAUAUCGGAUAGUCUAAGUCAUCAAAUUCAGAAAGAAUCAGACCUGCCACAGAUGAUUACUACCCUUCCAUAUGUGAGCCAACCUCUUGCACUUUGUGAAUUGGCUCCAAUGGAUCAAACUGUACAAAUUGUAAAUGAAGAAUCUCAACUGGAAACAACAAAAAAACAGGUUGAGAUGAAAAAAAAUGAUGAAGCAGUUACUUUGGUUGAAAAAGAACCAGUAACUGUGCCUGAUAAAGAUGUGGAAGAAAAACCAAUAAAGAGAAGAAAGCUAUGUAAAAUAGCAAAUAAAGAGGUGCAACAUGAAGAUGAACAAGGUAAUCCACCCACAACAUCUGCUCAGAUCAUAUCAGUAUCUACAACACCUGUCCCAGAUGUGGAAAUCAGAGAAGUAGAUCCAUAUAAUCCGAUGUGGAAAGUGGAUCCAAAAUUAUGGAAGGAAUACUUGCAAUGGAAAAGAUCAAGAAAAACAACCCAUGAAGAAAGGAAAGUAGUCUCCACAACCAGAAAGAAAGACUUUUUCAGACAGCUUGAAGAAAACACAUGGGUACAUGGAGACACAUUGGAUUUGCUAUUAGCCCACUUGCAGAAUAAAAUGUUGCAUCUCAAGCACCAUUGCAAGCGUUCUUUUAGAAUAUUACAUUCCUCUUUUCUGACUGGAAUCAAUAAACCAGACUGCAUUGUUUGGAACCACAUUUUUGAUACUCAUCUGGUGACACCAGAUAAUACGAAAGCUGAAUGGACAGACCCAACAGCACACCUAACUAUAUGGACAGAAAAAGAUGUCGAAUACUAUUUCAACACUGCUGUUGGUGAUUACAACGACAUACCAGGGUGGGGAGAUGUCAACUACGUGAUUACCUGCAUCAACAUAAAAGAACACUGGUUGGCUAUUGCAGCUGAUAUGAGAAAAUGCAGGAUCUACGUGUUCGACUCAAUGCCAAAUUAUGUUGAGCAGAAACUUGUUGAUGAAGCUCUUCAAAUGCCUGCACGAUGCAUUGCCUCACUCGCGAUUGCAAUUGGAGUCAACCUCCAUUCAGAUCGUUUCACAUAUGGCCCUUGGCCAAUACGCAGAUCGAAGGCCACAUUACAGAAAGGGCGUUCAUUGGAUUGUGGAAUUUUCUGUACCAAAUUUGUUGAAUGCCUUGUAACUGCUAGUGACCUUGGUUGUCUAACUGUGCCAAACAUGAAACUGUUUAGACAACAAUAUGUGCUGGAACUUUGGGCCAAUAAAUACUUUUGCUAAAUAAAAAAAUAUAUAUUCGUUCUUGUA